CUGGAGCAUACCACUCUCAUUUGCUAGCGAAUCCACAGUGCUCUGUCUGCGCAUGCUCAGAAGUAUGCUGUUACAUCUUGCGUUUCCUGUUUGAUGCUUUUCAUUGGCAAAGAUGGCAGAAGUGAAAGGAAUGAAAGCUUUGCAGUGUGGAGUUAUCACGAUGGUUCUUUUAAGUUCCGCUGUUUUUGCAUUUGUGGAGGACCUCGACGACACAUUCAAAGACAAUAGAAUGGAUGAUGUCUGGCUGGUGGAUUUUUAUGCUCCCUGGUGUGGAUACUGUAAGAAGCUGGAACCAAUCUGGUAUGAGGUAGGAGCUGAGCUAAAGAACUCUGGAUCACCAGUCAGAGUGGGAAAGAUGGAUGCCACUGCAUACACUGGCAUGGCUUCUGAGUUUGGAGUACGAGGAUAUCCCACAAUAAAACUACUAAAGGGAGAACUCGCUUAUAAUUACAAAGGACCCAGGACCAAAGAUGACAUCAUAGAGUUUGCAAACAGAGUGGCUGGGCCCUCUGUGCGGUCACUCCCAAGCAGACAGAUGUUUGAGCAUGUCUUGAAGAGGCACAAUGUACUAUUCAUGUACAUAGGGGGAGAGUCACCACUCAAGGAAAAGUACAUAGACGUGGCUUCCGAACUAAUUGUUUACACCUACUUUUUCUCUGCCUCUGAGGACAUCAUGCCUGAGCAGUAUGUGACAUUGUCUGAACUGCCCUCUGUGGUUGUAUUCAAAGAUGGGUCCCAUUUCACUUAUGAUGAGUAUGAAGAUGGCAGAUUGGCAUCAUGGGUGAACAGGGAACGUUUCCAAAGUUACCUGCAGAUUGAUGGCUUCACAUUGUAUGAGCUGGGGGAGACUGGUAAACUGGUAGCAAUUGCUGUCAUUGAUGAAAAGAAUUCACCAGAGGAAAGCUUGAGGAUAAAGAGUCUUAUACAGAGAGUUUCAACAGAGCACAGGGACAGCUUCUACAGGGAUUUCCAGUUUGGCCAUAUGGAUGGUAAUGACUACAUCAACAGCUUUAUCAUGGGUGAUGUAGCUGUGCCGUCUUUCAUUGUUCUCAACACAUCUAAUGAGCAAUACUUCCUGCCCAGUGCGCCCAUUGAGAGUCUUGAACAACUGAUCACCUUCAUCAGGGGUGUCCUGGAUGGCACAGCUCAGGCUUACGGAGGAGACGGAUUUUUCCAGAGACUCAAGCGUGUGGCCUAUGAUGCCAGAUCCACCAUUAUGUCUGUCUUCCGCAGUUCUCCAGUCCUGGCCUGUUUCCUCUUUGGCUUGCCAUUAGGUGUGAUUAGCCUAAUGUGCUAUGGUAUAUGCACAGCCGAGUCAGAUGAUGAAGCAGAGCUGAUAAAGCGAGAAGGACAGACAGAUGAGGAUGACGAAGAGGAUGAACUAGAUGUGGGACGGCACAUGGCUGCAGAACUCAAGGACUUAGGAGAGGACAAUGAGGCAGAAGAAGAGCAAGUUGAAAAGAGUGCAGCAGAUAAAAAGCUUGAUUAACGCUGGGGAGGUGCAUGGAUGCAAAGGAAGAUGACAUUUAAUGCAAACAUUAAACAUUUACUCAGUUUCAGAUUUUUUAAACACCCCUGAACUCUGACUUACUGCUGUAGGGUUUAAAAGGUGAGUUUGAAAAGUGAUUUCCUUUUUUUUCUUUUUCUUUUUUUUAAUUUACAUCUCUUUAUGAAAUUGUAGCUCUGAAGUUCAUCUAAAUCCAAAUGGAUUGUUUUUUCUGCUUGGCAUAAAGAGGAUUAAAAACUGAUUAUUGAGUAAGCAAAUCGUAAAAGUCCCCUUUCAUCAGUCAUUCUGUUAUAUGCCAAACAGGUCAUUCUGUUUAACGUUUUAGUCCAGGACUUGUUUAUACAUGUCCUCUGUGCAGAUUGCCUUUGCUUUGGUUUGCUGCUUUGGUGUUGUUGAUAGUUAUCUUAGCUGUAGAUAUUGUCUAUAGUUUGCCCAUUUUCUAGCUCUGGUAUGAGAUUUGAACACAAAGUCUCAGGAUAGGACUUCGUAUAAUGUCCCUGCUAAAAAGCAAAACGCAAAGUGGUAAUAUGCUAAAAACAGAAAAAGACAUUUGACAGGUUUGUCAAGCAUCUAACUAUCAUCCAGUCAUGGUUUCUGUGUGUGUGGUAACAAACCGAGAGACUGAUCAAGAUAUGCGAAGGUAUUUUGAAUCAAUGUUACAUGUGAUGUAAAAUAAAUUAAUGGGGCCUUUACAUACAGGCUCAGCUUAUGUCAUUGCCAUGCAAGCAGGUGUAUUUUAAGCUAGUUUUGAGUCUGGGUUUUCCAUUAUUUUAUGCCCAAUUGGUGAAUAUAGAAGUAGUAAGAUAUCUACUUUAUUCAAAAUUUUGUACUCUCUAAAUUUUGUAUUACCAUUUUCAGUACAGUUAAAGUUAAUUGUACUUUUCUUAUGAAGCAUUAUUUAUGGUUUGAGGGGCAGUUAAUGCUAAAGCCUUUUUUGAGAGAUCUUUAAUUUAACAAAGAUGUCUUCACAUAUUAGAACAGGUUAAUUAAUUUAAAAUGUUUUAAAUAUUUUUUUUGACCAAGAUCUUCCCAUCUGUGUAUAUGAAUUCAGUCUAUAUCUGUCUGUUCUGAAUGCCUGUAUGUUAUGCAAAUGUCAUUGCACUGCAUUUUAGAUUUAGAUUUACAGUAUGCACUGAACACACUGGGAAUAUGAAGUCCAGUUACUCCCUGCAAAAGAAACGUUAUGACCCAAAGUUACAUCUGCAUGAUUUUUUUUUCUUAUUUUAAACAAUGUUGAGAGUUUGGCUUCACUUAUAGGCAAUCUAUAUUUAUCAUUAAAGUCAUUUGAGACUGUA